AAAUUAACUUUUUAAUAUAAUGGUAAAAUAUGCUUGUUGAAGAAAACUUGGAAGAUUAUUUUGAAAGUUACAUUUACAAAACUCAAAAAUAGGAAUCUGUGAACAGAGGCUUAAAAAUGGGAAUAUGGUAGAAGGAAAGAAAAAUCUCUCAAAAGUAAGUAGUAGCAAUGCUAGUUGGAAAUUUUAAGAGGAUUAGAAGAGGAUUCUUUAAAGAUUCAUGCAUACUACAAGAUAAAAAUUUCUUGCUUGACUCAGUUUAAAACAAACCUUUACAAAAGACCAGUGGGGAGCAUAUACAAUCAAGAGUGACUUUAGAGUAUUACAGAAUGAGCUCAAAUAAGAGGAUACUUCUAAAGAAAUGAAAACAACAAAAACAUUUUUUAAACUGUGGAAUAAUAGGAAAAAGUAAGAAUAAAAUUGCUAUUUAUAUUUAAUAAUGUUAAACAAAUGACAGUGAAAACACAGUUUCUUAUCUCUUACUUACAUUUCAGAUAAAGAACCUCUUUUGACUUGAAGGAUGAAAAUGACACGAAUAAAGGAGAGCCCAUCUGGGAAUAGUGAAGAUCAUGUACACCAGAGGCUCUCUUCUUGGCCUAAUUUGGGAGUUGUUUAUUGCAGUACUGUUGUGCCCUCUGAUGAUGUGACAGUGGUGUAUCAAAAUGGGUUACCUGUGAUAUCUGUGAGGCUACCAUCCCGGCGUGAACGCUGUCAGUUCACACUCAAACCUAUCUCAGACUCUGUUGGUGUGUUUUUACGACAACUACAAGAAGAGGAUCGGGGAAUUGACAGAGUUGCAAUCUAUUCACCAGAUGGCGUUCGAGUUGCUGCCUCAACAGGAAUAGACCUCCUCCUCCUUGACGACUUUAAGCUGGUCAUUAAUGACUUAACCUAUCAUGUACGACCACCAAAGAGAGACCUCUUAAGCCAUGAAAAUGCAGCAACACUGAAUGAUGUAAAGACACUGGUCCAGCAGCUAUACACAACGCUGUGCAUCGAGCAGCACCAGUUAAACAAGGAAAGGGAGCUUAUUGAAAGAUUAGAAGAUCUCAAAGAACAGCUGGCGCCCCUGGAAAAGGUACGAAUUGAAAUCAGCAGAAAAGCUGAGAAGAGGACCACUUUGGUGCUAUGGGGUGGACUUGCCUACAUGGCCACACAGUUUGGCAUUUUGGCCCGGCUUACCUGGUGGGAAUAUUCUUGGGACAUCAUGGAGCCAGUCACCUACUUCAUCACUUAUGGAAGUGCCAUGGCAAUGUAUGCAUAUUUUGUAAUGACACGCCAGGAAUAUGUUUAUCCAGAAGCCAGAGACAGACAAUACUUAUUAUUUUUCCAUAAAGGAGCCAAAAAGUCACGUUUUGACCUAGAGAAAUACAAUCAACUCAAGGAUGCAAUUGCUCAGGCAGAAAUGGACCUUAAGAGACUGAGAGAUCCAUUACAAGUACAUCUGCCCCUCCGACAAAUUGGUGAAAAAGAUUAAUCUGCAAAGAGCCUCUGAGUCCCGGCAGAAAGAACACCUGUUUAUAACUAUGGCCUUUUUAAUUAAAGCAUUGCAGGUGGAAGCUGGGAGCCAUGUUGGGGUAGAGGGUUUUUACCUUUAAUUAAAAAACAAAAACAAAAAGAUCUUAGGGAAGAAAGGAAUGUUUAAAUCUGAGGAUCACGCUUUGUGGAAUAUAAGCUCAAAGGGCUUAGUGAAAUACUGUCUUAAUCAAGCAUCUCAGUUUCUGGAUGAAAAUGAUACACUAUAUGGUUGAGAGAUUCACAAAGAAAAAUUGAUGCUGGGGGUGUUUGUCUCUUGCAUCUUCUUUGCAGGGUCAGCAAAACAGUAACACACCAGCACCCUACUCAACUCUAAUUUUCUUUUUUUUAAUUUAACUUUUCUUAAUUUUGACAUAGGAGUAAGUAAAUCCGCCAGAAAAGCAAAACCUCAAGAUAUGUGGGUGGCAAACAGAGUCUGAGCCCAUGUCAUUAGCUUUUACUUUAGACUGGACCCAGUCUCUGCAACGUUACCAGGAAUUUCUCCCAUUUGUGCACAUUUCUGACCAUCCACACCUGUUGGUACACUAAUUUUAUCCAUAUGAUAAUUGGAACCAACUUAUGACUGUUUGAUAAUUGACACUUUGGAUUAUCCCUUCAUACCUUCUUAAAUGUCUAUAUAUUUCAGUGCUCUGAAUCACUAUCUAGAAAUCACUGGCAACACUGCAUGAGGUUUCUUUUGUUUUGUUUUUUACUAAUUAAUCUUUAAGAGGAAGACAAAUUUCCCUCCUUUAUUUAACUAUCCCAUUGAUCUCUCCCUCCACAGCUCAAGCCAGAGGGGGAGUGUUUAACUAUAUUACUGAAUCAGGAAGAUGUAAGGUUUACAAAUUGGCUAAAAAUCAUGGCUCUGUAGCCAUUUCAGAACCUGAAUAGUUUCAUUGCUGUUAAUCUGCUUGUGUGACAGCAUUCCAGGCCACCCAGAUGGCCUUGCCUUGUCUGGAGGCUUUGUUAAUCUCGAAGGAUACACACUUCCAUGCUGUUUGUGAACCCUCCCACCUCCACCACUUAAGUAGUUGUCAAUCAAGUGAGUGGAUCUCAAAGGGUGCAAUUUAUCUUUAUAUAGGAAUACAUUUCUAUGGUUUCUUUCAACCUACCCUCUUCACCCUAUUUUUUCUUAUCUUAAAUUGAGAGAAAGAGGAAAUAAUCUUAUACUCUUAUCAAAAUAUUUUCUAUCGUAUUUCCAGAUGACAUCUGCACUUGGAGAGUCAAAGGAAUCUGUGUCUAAUAUCCUGUUUUUAUUAAUAACGACUUGUGGGGGCAGGAUGAAAGGAUGAUGGGGCUUGCCACACAGCUAGUUGAUUCACUUUGUUCUUUCACAUGGUCCAUCCCUCCUCCUUGUGGCAAGGGUUUUCUUUCUCUUUUUCUUCCUUUGGGAUCAUUGUGUAUGAAGAGAAACACUUUUAAGUGACAAACCCAGACUCCAGGUGCCUUGCAGAGGUUGAAGGCCAGCCAGGACUGCUGCUGCUGCUCCUGCCACCACCCCUCCCUUCCACUGGCAUGACGGAAUGAAAGGAUGCAUGUCUCCACUUCCCCCUCCUCCCACUUCCUUCCUUAUCCGCCCCCAAGUUGUUCAACCCCCUUCCCUCAUUUAUUUCUGUUAAGCUCUGUGAAUUAUUUUUAAACCAUUUAUCCUGUUUGUACUGCAGGGUUUUUAAGAAGAAACAGCACAGUGCAAUGAGCAAAUCCUUUCAGGUUGUGUGGGAGGCUAGGGAGGGGAGAACGUGAAGAAAAGUCCUUUAAACAAAUAGCAAAAUACUGAACAUGUGUAAAAUCCUGUAUCAUUUAUGAAAUAUGUAUAAAAAGCAAUGUACCUUCUGGAACAAUAAAUACUUAUUCAAUUUUUGAA